AAUUCAGUGUAAAACUGAAUUCAAAAUAAACAUAAAAUAAGGUUAUGAGUUAUGAGCACCACCACAAAACAUUCACUUAAGUUGGUAUGAGUUCUAAAUCUAAUCACGAUGUGAUAACUAAUCGUAUUUCAAAUUCGAUGUUUUAAAUGGCUGCCGAUAACUCAUCAUUUGAUUACUAAUCGCUCUUUUAUAUAUCAUUCAGCAGAAAAUCAUAAAUCGAUUGCUUCUGCUGAAUGCGGCCAUUGUAUUUAUAUAUGUAUUAUUCAAAUCGCGCGGGGAUAUUACAGAAGAAUUUACUCUAUUGGUCCCGAUUUUCUAAAUGCGCCAUAAUACACCUUGUUAUGUACAUCAUGACUUACAAGAAAAAAAGAAAUUUGAAAAACGCUACUAGGUAAUAUGACGACGUUAUGUGAUAUUUAUGAUCCGUCAGUGUUUUCUGUCAUAUGAAUUUUUGUUUCCAAAUCAUUUUUGAAUAAUGCAUAAAUUUACUAUUAGAAAUGACUCGAACUUCUAACGAGAACCGUCCUAAUGCGAACAACAAUGAAAAUCACGAUACUCAAAAAAAUAAAUCCAAUAAUCAGCCCCCUAAAUACAAACCAGGUAGGGUAACUAGAAAUCCAUUCCUUAAUUUUUUGCGUGACGUUAGAAGAAAUGCAUACGGCCUUACUCUUUAUGAAAUAGCAACGAAAGGUGCAGAUAUGUGGAGAAAAAUGGACGCUAAAGACAAGCAACCUUACUGUGAACAAGCUAAAAUGGCACCCUAUAGAAGAAGAAGAAUGCGAAAAAGGAGAGCAUACAGAUCUUACAGUAGAUCUACUAGUCGUGCUAGAAAGAAAACUAAAAGGAGUCGAUCGCGAUAUUAAUUUGAUUGUCUUGAUUUUAUUUUUUACGUGAG